AUGUCGUAUCGAGAGCCUGUUGUUACUUCUGCGGCUUGCGCACCCCUUCCCCAAUUCUCCCAAGCCGUCAAGUUCAACGGAAUGGUGUACUGCAGUGGCACCAUCGGAAUUGACCCAGCAACUGAUGAACUCGUCUCAGGAACGGUAACGGAUCGCGCACGCAUGGCUCUCAAGAACCUUCAAGCUGUACUUGAGGCCGCUGGGAGUGGGAUGGAUCGCGUGGUGAAGGCAAAUAUCUUUUUGGCCAACAUGAAGGAUUUCGAUGCCGUCAAUAUUGCCUGGGAUGAGUUCUUCCCCAAAGAUCCCAAGCCCUGUCGGACUUGUGUGGCUGUCCACCAACUUCCACUGGAUACCGAUGUUGAGAUUGAAAUGACAGCGAGCUAUGACUAG